AUGGAAGUUGACGACGUAGAGCAAGCGCAUCGCUUCCUUCGCACUGCCCACUUCCUUGUCCCUGGCUCUUGCUUCAACUCCUCUCAGAGGCAGCGCAGAUGCUGUUCCAACCUUGGCCGAGCACCGCGCGGGUGCUUUGACAUCUGGAAGGCUCCACACCUCUGUUGCCACAAGGCGCGCCCUCGCCAGCCCAGCGAAUCUCUGACGUCCCGAGCGCUGCUCGAGGGUGGCCCGGAGAGCGGCUGCGCCGCUUUGGCCGACCUGGCGGGCGCCGGCAUCACGGCGUGGAUGGAGCGCCUCCUGCAACUUCCAAAGGACCUUCAGGCCCCCUGCAUUGCAGGGUCCAUGGCCAACCGGCUGCAGGCUGUGAGCCUCAGCAGCGCAAGCCGCGCCCUCCGGAGGCUGCGCGUCUGGCUGGUCGAGCACUGCCCAUCCCGGCGUGCUCUUGCAGCCAUGCGGCGAAACCUCCUCUUUUGGGAGAAGUGGCAUCGAUCCAGUGGCAGCUGCAGUCGGAUCGUCCAGAACCUCACCCACGCGCUGGAAGCCUGCCGGGCAAAGUUCUCGCAGGCACCGGUUCUGCAGGUGCACAUCGCUAAGACCGCUGGCAGCAGUCUCUGCAGCUGGGCCAACACCAGCGGCUUCGCUUCACGAAGGCUUCCCGACCUGCGUUGCCAGCUUCCUGGUGAUGGCCCCUUUUGGCUGGGCGAGAAGGCUGCUCCGGCCACGUGCCAACAACGUCUUCGGGAGUUGGCUCGGCACAACCUCUCCUGGAGCUCCAUCGAACGAUGGCUGGACCUCCCGCUGUGCGAGGAGCUGCAGUACGUCGCUGCCCUGCGCCUGCCGGUGACACGGACGCUGCAUCACUUCGUGCACUUGCUGAGUUUCCAUCACCUUGGCCGCUUUGACUUGCGCGAGAAGGUCGACAUCCUGGCACUUCGGCAAGGCCUCUUUCACAAGGUCUUGCGCCCUCCGCAAUGGCUGUUGCAAGACACAUCAGCACAAGGCGGCGGACAUGCAGGCUUUCGCUGGCCUGCCUCGACAGCGCAGCUCAGGGACUGGCUGCAGCUCUGGCAUGGCAUGGCCAGCAACUACCAGGUUCGAUCCCUAGCGGGUGCCGCUGGAGGCCUUGCGUACCUCGAGGACUGCAGGGGUAAUGCGCAAGUGGCAGUACAGGAAGGUCGGAAGGUCUAG